AUGGAUGCAAAGGCACAAGAAUUUGAAAUGUGGCUGAAAAGCCUAAACGAAUCCACCGAUCUUGUGUUCACGCAAAUCAACGCAUCACCAGUCGAUACCAACUCGCUUCAAAUGGCAUUCGAGCAACUCACUGUCGAUCUAGAAGAGGUAGAAAAUUGCCGUGUUACUUCUACUAGAAGUAAAGAUAAACCAACUUAUAAUUUCGCUGGUGCUAUGCCGUCGAUAAUUCGAGCUAAACGAGUAAUUCCAACAGUUAAACGAAUCUUGAUGGAUGCUGGACGAUCAACUGGCGAUACCAAACCACCGAAAUCAUCUAACGAUUAUUCUCGACGCAUACCUGAAAUGGAAAUCACCCCCUUUUCCGGUGAUAUAACACUGUACUCCAGUUUCAUUAAAUCAUUCCACUUGAAAUACGACGAACUACCAAUUCCGAAAUCCGAAAAGUUGCAACACCUAAAACGUCACUGUCUAGGUGAACCGCUUAAAAUUAUCGAAACUCUCGACCUAACCGAUAGUAAUUAUGAUCUCGCGCUCAACGAAUUGGACAUACAAUAUCACGACAAAGAGGAAGUUAUCGGCGCACUCUACGCUAAAUUGGAAAACUUACCAAAAGCUACAAACACCAAUGCAAGUUUACGUUCAACUUACUACGACAUCGAAGGUUUGCUCACAGCUCUCGAAUCCCAUGGUCAAAAUCUCGAUCUGUUCCCGCCAUUGAAAGAUAAAAUUUAUUUCAAAUAUCCGAAUUGGUUAGUUCAUCAGGUUUGCGGAAAGACCAAACCAACAAUUAAAGAUUUCCAGAGAGAAAUCGGAUUACACGUAAAACUACGUUGUGGGCUUCAGGCAGCUGCAACUGCGCAGGGUUUGUCUCCAUCAACAAAACCGCACUCAACUACCGCAGCUUUAGUUACUUCGAACGCAACAUCGAAAGCGUACAAUAAUAAAAACGCUGAAAAAACAGAAAAACCGAAGUCGCCACCGUAUUGUGUAUAUUGCAAUCAACAGCAUUACUCGGCCGAAUGCACCGUACAUACCACCGUCACAGCACGUCGAUCUUUAUUAAAAAAUCGCUGUCAUCUUUGCUUGAAUAAAAAUCACACGAAGGCGCAAUGUAAUCGCAAUACAACAUGUUAUUAUUGCAAACAGGUGAAAAGCCAUCACUCUUCGUUGUGUCUUCGCCAGUUCCCAGAAACUCCACUCGAAAAACCUGAAAAAAAUGAUGGUUCUGGUAAUGGUAAGCCAGAAGAGAAACCUGACAACGGAACACCACACACACGAAUGAAUUCGUUUAUUCAGACACAUCAAGGUGCUCAUUGCACUGCAAUAUUGACGAUAAUAAAUCCGAAAAACAACCGUCGUUAUCAAAUUAGAACACUAUUAGAUAAUGGAAGUAAUGAAACGUAUAUUUCCGAGAAAGCUGCACGUCGCAUCGGUUUAGAAUUAUCAAAAUUCAAGUCGAUUCCAAUUAAUGUUUUUCAUCACGAAUCACCUGUUACGUUUUCGUCCGCCACCACCUCGUUUAUUGUGACAAAUAACGCCGAUUUUCAUCUUAAUAUAGUCGCAGACACAGCUCCCAACUUACCUCAAUUUGUUCAAUUAUUCAACAUCGAUGAAUUUAAACGAAUGAAUACAGAAUACAAAGAUAAACAAUUUGUAAACCAAGGUGAAAAGUACCCUGUCGAAUUGCUGUUGGGAAGCGAUUACUUUUACGAUUUUCUACAACCUGAAACGAAAAUUACAGUCGCUGAUGGAUUACACAUGUGCAAAACGCCAUUUGGGUUUAUUUUGGUUGGUCGUCAGCACGAUCAAAAACGCAACAACAAGUCAAUACUGUUUCAAAUGUCACCGGUUCGUGCUGUUAAAGAACUUUGCGAUCUCGAAUUCAUUGGGAUAAAAGAUAUGCCGCUUACGAGUAUUCAAGAAGAAGAAAACGCAUUAAAACAAUUCUAUGAUAAUAUUCAACUCGUAGAUAAUCGUUAUCAGAUUCGUUUCCCAUGGAGACAAUAUCCACCACCGUUGGAAGACAAUUUUGGCUUAGCAAUUGGUCGUUUACGGUCGUUACAAAACAAAUUUACUCCUGAAUCGUUCAACGAAUACAACGCUAAUAUACAGAAACACUUAGAUGCCGGUUACGUUGAAGAAGUCACUGGUAUUGAUAUGAAAACAACGCAAACGUACUAUUUACCUCAUCACGCCGUUUUCACACCUGAUAAAUCUACGACGCAAAGAAUUGUAUUCGAUGGAUCGGCGAAAUCAAAAAACAAACAGAGUAUCAAUGACGCAAUUUACAAAGGUACGAAUUUACUUAGUCAUGGAUGUGAAAUUUUAAUUCGAUUUCGUCUGUACCGCAUUGUUAUAUUGAGUGAUAUCGAAAAAGCCUUUCAUCAGUUGAUUAUACACGCACUUGAUCGAGAUUUUGUCAGAUUUCUAUGGCUACACGAUUAUAAACUUCCUGCAAGUGGAAAAAACCUUCGAAUACUGCGAUUCCUCUGCGUAGUAUUUGGUAUCAUCGCUAGUCCGUUUCUCCUCAACGCAACAGUCCGUUAUCACCUGAAAAAUAACAAAAACGAGUUCACAGAACAAAUGGAACGAGAUAGAUACGUAGAUAAUUUCAUCACUGGGUAUAAAUCAGCUGAGAUUGCCAAAAAAUAUUAUCAUUUUGCCGUCGAAGUAUUUAAACGAUGCUCAAUGAAUUUACGUCAAUGGUCAACAAACGAUAAUCAACUUCGCGAUGUAUUCACUCAACCGGAAAAAUCAGCAUCAAUUUCGGUACUUGGUUUAGUGUGGAACCAAUACGAAGACGUUUUUCAUCUGAAACAAAUUAAAAUACCUGAAGUUAUCACUUUACGCACUGUUUUGAGUACUGUCGCUCAAUUUUUCGAUCCCUGUGGUUACUGGACACCAAUAUCGAUCAAGGCGAAGAUAUUCUUACGCGAACUCCAUUCCACUUACAACUGGGACGAUAAAUUAUCCGAAGACCAUUGUAAUGAAUGUAAUUUGAUAUUCACCGAACUUCAAACUGCAGCAAAACAAACAAUGCCGCGUUAUCAGAACGUUUCACACGAUAGUGAUAAGAAUCACUACUGUUUACAUGUAUUUGUCGAUGCUUCGGCCAAAGCUUGUGCAUGUGUUGUGUAUUUAUCAUGCAAAACCGAAGAAAAUAUCACAUCACAUUUGCUGUUUUCAAGAACGAAGUUGGCUAAACUUACUGAUAUUCCAAAGUUGGAAUUAAUCGCAGCUUACAUGGGUAUGAAAGCUUUACAAUUCGUACGCGACUCACUACCGUUCAAAAUCGACACUCAAAUACUUUGGUCUGAUUCCAAAUGCGUUCUCACUUGGAUACUUACAAGUAAAAUACUUCCUGUUUUUAUUCAACGCCGAAUCGAUGAAAUACGCAACAUUCCAAACGUUAUCAAAAAUUUCAUUCCUGGAAAAGAAAAUCCAGCCGAUAUACCAACCAGGGGAAUGUUAGUUGACGAAUUGUUGAACUCCUGUUGGUUUAAUGGUCCAACUGACUGGUUAAAACGAUCAAACGACUGUACAACUUUACCAUUCGAACUUACACCUGAGCUAGAUGUGAUUACGAUUGAAGAACCAAGGACUGUACUUACCACAAACACUGACGCAACGCCGCCGCUUUACGUUUAUCCGUUCGAUAUAAAUCCAGCAGAUUUCGAGUCAUAUUCGCAUUUACUUCGAUAUACGUCAUACUUCGUGAAAUUUAUCGCCAAUAAUACACGUUUGCCAAAAAACAUCUUUCCAAAUGGAGGUUCAUUAUAUAGCGUUCGAAAUCUAUGGUUGAAAUUUGAACAGCAACGUUGUUAUCAAGAUUUACUCACCUGUUUACGUACGAAAAAGCCACAUCCGCUCAUUACGAAAUAUAACGCUUACCUGGAUGAAAAAACUGGGUUGAUUAGAUGCUCAGGACGUUUCAAAUAUGCGCCACUGUCAAUGAAGGAAAAAUGUCCGAUCCUGUUGCCAAAAAUGAAAGACUCACGGUUCGUUCUUUUAUUGUUUAAAUUUCACCACGAAUCAGCGUUCCAUGCCGGCACAAAUUUUGUUUUAAAUUCGCUUCGACGUACGUAUUGGUUACCUGAUGGUCGUCGCUCGGUUUACAACGCCAUUCAACAAUGCAAAAAGUGUAAACGUUUCACUACUCGACCUUACGUACAGCCGCAGAUAUCCGACUUACCCGAAUUUCGCCUACAAGCAUUCGAAUCGCCAUUUACCAACGUUGGAAUUGACACAUUUGGUCCUCUUUAUGUCAAUAAAGAAAAACGCUACGUUUUACUUGCAACGGAUCUCGUAAUUCGAGGUAUUGACGCAGAAUUGCUUCUCAAUAUGUCCACAGAGGAGAUCUGUUUGGGACUUCGCCGUAUUAUUGCUCGCCAUUCGACACCGAAGCUGAUAUUAUCAGAUAAUGCGCCACAAUUCAAAGCUGUGAAGCAAGCAUUCGAUAUCAUCUUUACCCAUGAAUGGUCAUGGAAAUUCAUCCCAGCCCAUUCCCCAUGGAUGGGUGGUGUUUAUGAAAGGAUGGUCGCAUUAAUGAAGAAUUCGUUGCUGAAAACGUUCCAUAACGUUGCAUUAUCCGAAUCGUUGCUACGUACAGCAUUAGCUGAAAUAGCUGCCACUUUGAAUGAUCGUCCGCUAACCUACGUUGUUAAGAACGAUCUAGACGAGAUAAUAACGCCGAAUCACUUUUUGAAAUCAUAUUUCACCGUCAACGAUAUACCAGAGCAAGCUGAAGCAAACGCAACGCCAGCCGCAGCGCAUACGAUCAAGCUCUUUAAACAGAGCAAUGAAAUAACUAAUCGAUUUUGGGCUGUUUGGAGAACAGCUUACCUGCAACAUCUUCGAGAACGGGGAUUUUCACCGAAUGCAAAAUUCCCAAAAGCCACUACGAAACAGCCGCCAAGCAUAGGUGACGUUGUCAUUAUCGUAGACGCGUUACGUAAACGAAACAACUGGUCCCUAGCUAGAAUCGUCGAACUUGUAUACAGCCAAGAUAACGAAGUCCGAAGCGCCAAACUCCGUACAAAAAAUGGAGUAAUUAUUCGUCCGAUCAGUGAUCUCUGUCCUGUUGAAUUAGCUGCAGCGCAGAUUCCUGAUUCCGAACCUCAGCCAACAUCAGACGACGUAGAUAAUGACGAAGUGCCGCCGGAAGAGAAUAUUACUCCACCGGAAGCGGCCAUAAACGAAUUCGAUGAACCGAAGGAUGAUUGGGACGAUCCCCAUCAUCACCGUAGAGGAAAUCUCCGACGACAACGACGACUAGAAUUUAUUAUUUAG